CUGACAGUCAUCUUCUCAUAUAAAGGUUACCUUAACUCAUAACGAUUAUCAGACGUCAAGGGACAAAAAUGCAGAACAUGUAUGGGAAUUCAAUGGGAAGAUCUAAACAAGCCAACACUUUGACUAAUGAUAUGGAUGAUGAUGAUGAUGAUGACUAUGAGAACGCCAAUCCUUGUGACUCAGCACCAGUUGUGCCCUCCAGGAAGACUAGGAGAAUUAAGAAUGCUAUGAAAGAGGACCUGGCAUUGAAACGUAUGGAAAAGCCUGCUAAGCAAGCUCCAUCUGUUUGGACCACUCCCCAAAAAGAAGUUUUUCCAAAACAAACCCCAAGUUUUCAGCCACCACCUAUAGGUCUUGAUUUUUCCUCCGGAGCAGUCAAUGCAGCAUUUUCAGAUAUAGAAGAUAUGAAAACGGCAUCGACUUUUGCUAACAAUACAUUUUCAGACUUGGAAGUUAUGCCAAAUAGAAAUAAGCAGAGAUGUGGACGGUCCAUGUUGGUGGUCUUGAUGUGGUUGAUGUUCAUCAUGUUCAUCGCCUUUGGGGUCAUCACUGGAUUCAUAUUCUUACAUUACAUCACUGUCUCAGGAAAAGUGGCCAGCUUAGAACAAACUGCUUCAGAUUUCCAGAAGAAUUCUGAGGAGGAGCAGGGCGAUCUAAAGACUAAAGUGGCCAAUCUCAGCAAUAUGAUGGGGAACUUGCAAGACACACUUAUGGCCAACAUCAAGCACAUUAACAAGACAUUGGAGACUGUCUGCACGUGGUGCCCUGUUGGCUGGUCUGUGAUCGGCCCCUCAUGUUAUUUUGUCUCUCGGGAAGAAAUAACCUGGGAUAAUGCGCGAGACGAAUGCUACAAAAUGAACUCUGUUCUUGUCAUGAUAAAGGACAAGACUGAAUCCGAUUCUUUAAAGCAAUUAUAUAACAUAAACAAGAGAUACUGGAUUGGACUAAGGCGAGACUCAAAUGAAGCUCACAUCUGGAAGUGGUUGGAUGGGACACAAGUCACCUUUACCAACUGGGCAGUGAAUGAGCCCAACUAUCACGGGAAGGAAGAGGACUGUGGAGAAACCAUAUCUGGACCUUGGAAUGAUCGACCCUGUUCUAAUAAAUUGUUUUAUAUUUGUAAAAGGGUAAGAACAUGCUGAGAUCCAAUCUAUAUGAAGCAGAGGUAUAACAUUGGGCUACUAAGCCUUAAUGUAAAAUUUGGUGUCUGUUAUGUUCCAGAAAGACUUUUGACUCUUUAAGGCAGGCAUGGCCAACUUAAGGCUCUCCAGCUGUUGUAAAACUACAAUUCCCACCAUGCCCUGCUGUAGGCUGAUAGCUGUUGGCAGUCUGGGCAUGCUGGGAGUUAUAGUUUUGCAACAUCUGGAGAGCCUCAGGUUGGCCAUCCCUGCUUUAAGGCAUCAGGGUCUGGAUUUCAAUAUUAUCGCUACAACCCAUAUAGCUAUACCCCUGAAGCCAAGGCUAUAUAAACCAAAUAAUUAGGUAAAAAGCAUACCAAAUUUAAUAUGACCUUCCUAUUUUUGAUGCACAUGGUACCACCUUCAAAUUUGUGCUGUCUAACCAGAAGCCAAACUGACCUUCAUUAGCCACAUCAUAAUCAACAUAGUAGAGUCCUGGCAUUUGGCACGUUGAGGGGAACGGCAAGUUACAUUUAGAUACUAUUAUAUGGGGUCUUGAGAGAGUAUAGAAUUAUUGUAACCUUACUGAACCUAGUGGCCUCUGUGUGCCUUAACCCCUUAAGGACCCUGGGAUUUUUGCGUUUUUGUUUUUCACUCCCCGCCUUCCCAUAUAUAUAUGUGUGUAAAAACUUUUUUUUUUUUUUUUUACUUUUUACUUUUUUUAAG